GUCCAGAGCUGUGAGGAGGGUAGGAUGGGAGGAGGAGAGUAGGGCGAGAUAGCUGACAUAUAUGCACAGGCAGGAGAAACCCCGCAGCGCGCACUCACACACGGGUUCACCAUGUAGAGGCGGAAUGACACACACGCGGACUCCUAUUCAUCCUCAAACUUAACACCAGCAUGCAUCCUGCGCUGCUCUGACUGGAAACACCGGCUGACGUCAUUCGGAUUUCUCUGCAGAGACAAAAAUAAAAACAGGAGCAGAAAAUGGCAGCCGCAGACAUCUUCUACUUCACUUUGUGGAUCGCCACAGUCCUCACCACCGGACUCGGAUGCCCUGAGCUCUGCACCUGCUCAGAUAAAUAUGGCCGCCAUUUUGCUGAAUGCUCCUACAAAGACUUGGUCGCAGUCCCAGAUGGUUUGCCUCUUAAUGUUACAACUGUGAGUCUCACCGCCAACAAGAUCAGUGUGAUAUCAUUGGGGAGCUUCGACAACGUCACCAGGGUGACGUCGCUGUGGAUGGCCCACAAUGAGAUCGUAUCUAUUGAACCGGGGACCCUCACGCCUUUAGGUCAUCUGCGUAACUUUGACAUCAGCCACAACAGACUUGUAGACUUUCCCUGGGAGGAUCUGCAGAAUCUCACGAGCCUGCUGCUGUUGAAGAUGAACCACAAUGAGAUGGUGCACCUGCCGAGUGAUGCCUUUGACAACCUCAAAGACCUGAGGUCCCUCCGACUCAACAAUAACAAAUUCACAACCAUCGCUGAAGGGACGUUUGAUGGUUUGGUGUCGUUGUCCCACUUGCAGAUUUAUAAAAACCCUUUUGCAUGCACCUGCUCCCUCGACUGGCUCAGAGACUGGAUUUCAAAAACCACCAUCACAGUCCCGGAGCAGAAUUUGAUCAUUUGUGCAACGCCACAGAAGCUCAGAGGGGAAAUUAUCGGAAAAUUGCCUGAGUCAAAGUGCACAGGCGCAAGUGUGACAAUACAAGCCGAGCCAAAUACUCACAACACGACUUUCUUCGAGGGCAGUACGCUGGUGUUGACUUGUGUAUUCACAGGAAACCCAAAGCCUCUGGUGUUGUGGGACAUUCGCAGCAAAAGCCAGAAGCUAGAGCUGGCAUUGUCCUUCACUGAGGAUGACUCGGCAGAAUCAAAUGAAGACUCGUUACUGUCCUAUAAUCCAGUCAAAGUCUUUAAUAAUGGGACUCUCAUAAUUUCAUACCUCAGGAAGGAAGACGGCGGUAACUACAGCUGCUCGGCCACAAAUGAGUUUGGAAGAGCCGAGGAUUCAGUGUCAGUGGAAGUGGUGGCGUUACCAAAGCCAACACUCAAAAAACGAAUCACCACAACACCUGCCUUUGUUAAAAUGCACCCAUCUGUACACCAAACAACAGACAAAACAUCUGUUUUUGAUUCUGUGCGUCUCCCUGAUUUAAAGAGAAAAGACAUCAUGAACACUGCACCCAGUUUUCCGCCCACUGCAGAGAUCAAGCCCUCCGAGAAGGCAGCAACAUAUCCAUCACGUGCUAGUAAAUGCGGCUUGACAGCUAACACGAGAUACAUUUCCAGCCACUUCUUUAACGGGAGCAUGGAUGAUAUCAAGCAGUACACAUUUGACUUUGGCGUCAUCGCAUUAGGGGUGUCAGAAACAGAGGUAACAGUGCGACUCAACCCUCUUCUCAUACCCAGAGACCACAGCGCCAAACGGGGUGCCAACGCCGCUGCCACCACAUCUGAGAGCCUCCACGCUGACAGUGAAGAACACGAUGACCUGGCUGACUCCUCCGAAAAAGUCAUCUCAAAUGGCUUGUACCUGUGCGUCACUGCCGACCGCAAACACUCAGCUGUGCAGUGGUCGCGGAUCAAAGAGGGCGUCAACACGUAUCUGUUCAGCGGUUUACGCCCCGGCACCAACUACUCCCUGUGUCUGACCUACAGAGGGGAGGACUGUGAGGUUCAGGUGCUGUUCACAACGAAGAGGAGGACGCCUAACCUGCUCAUCAUCAUUUCCGUCAGCAUCUGCCUCCUUACCGUGUCCACUGUACCCCUCCUGGGUGCGACGUGCUUCCACUUGGUGUACAAAUACCGCAGCAAGACCUACAAGCUCAUCCUGAAGGCCAAAGACCAGUACCACAUGGAGAGGAACCUCACCGCCAACUUUAACAUCCGUGCACCUCACACCGAGUCCCAGAGGAAGAUUAACGGCAGCCAGCUGGACGAGGAGGAGGGGGAGACGGAGAGUGGGGACGGUGAGAGAGAAGCAGAUACAGAAGAAAGUGUAAUGACUGAAUCCUUUUCUUUGUCUCAGUGCAGGAAUUUAGACAACUGUGAGGUCGGCUCUGAGUACAGUGACAGGUUACCUUUGGGGGCUGAGGCAGUGAAUAUUACAAGCAACUACAAAUAACAAAAAGCAGUUUACAUUUGCAUGUGGUCAAAGGAUAAAACAGGAUUUUGUUUCAGUUUGUGCCAAUGGUUUAGGCUUCCUUUAGUUGUGCAAAGGCAGCCCUGAAAUAUUGCUUUAUUCCACAGAGAUCUGACAAGACAUAAAAUACAUUUAUUUACAGAGCUGAAUCGUUCAGUCACUAGACAGGCUACAUGCUGCCAGGCUGUGAUUGUCAGAGGAUGUUUUCCAGACAAACAUUUUAGGGAAAUCUGAACUAGGCCUGGAAAUGAAAACCUUGUUAGUUUUUUGUGACUGGAAAUAUCACAGCUUGUUUUCCUCCUUUCAAAAUAGGCAAUUUUCUGUGAUGCAUUCAUGUACACUUUUGAAAAAUGAGCUCCAUAAACAACGUUAGAGCAAAAAUACAACCAGCGUGUGUUCUAGAGAGAGAAACUGGGUGCUCAACCUCAAAAUUUUAAAUCAUUUAUGAAGGUAGAGAAAGGCAGCGCUCCAUCAGAGCAGUCAGUGUCUGUCCAGCCUCAUAUUUUUAUUAAGAUUGAGAUUAUACUUUUAAUAAGAAUUUAUUAAGAAGUCUGCGCCAGAGGCCUUCCUCAGAGCAUGAGUAGUGUUUAAGAUAAUAGUUUGGUAUUAAGGGAAAUGCAUUUAUUUGCUUAUCUUGCAGAGAGUUAGAUGAGAAUAUCAAACCCACUCUCAUGUAUCUCCAUAGAUGUAUAAAGAGAAGUGGAGGCGGGCCCCCAUAAAUUGCUAUGAAAAUUGCUCAGUGGUGCAUGAAGCCAAAAAACUUUGACUUCACUGGUACCCAUAUCGUCUGUGUCAGUGGGCUCAUAUCCUUCUGAGACCCGAACUUUUGUUUGGUAUGCAUUUUUAAUUUCUCCUAGCUAUUUUGGAUCAGUAGGACCUGAUAAGUAUGAAAAACUUAACAUUGUCAGUGAUAAUUAAGUCCCAGUGUCCUCAAACGAGACAACAAUGAAGUCCCAGUGUCCUCAAAUAAGAUGAUAGUCCCAAUGUCUUCAAAUGGUUAUUUCCUAAUUAACAGUUUCGUAGGCUAAAAUUAGUCAAAUUUGUCGCCAUAUCAAAUAACAAACAUUAUUAAUCAUAAAUAAACAAGUUUCAACCAUAAAAUUUGAUCAGGUUUUGGACCUUGUCCACU